AUGCCUUCUUUGAUUAAUUCUCCCCCUGCUCAGUUGACCUUUGCUCCUGCAUCUGAUGAAGGCGAAAAUGAGGACCAGGAAAUGGAAGUAACACCAAAAGUCAUGAUCAAACCUUUUACUGAUACAUGGACAGCAGUUAGUGCCUUGUUAGCAACUACACAAAACCACAUGACAAAACAUAGUCUGGCUCCACCAGCAGCAAAAAAGUUUAUCAUUGCUCAACCCGAAAUGCUUACAGUAAAGCAGGAGCUGAUCCCACUCAAAUCUGACAUGGAAACAGGACGCUGUGAGUCGCAAGGCUCUGUGAUGUCUUCUAAUGAGGAUUCUCUUGGCCCCUCCACUGGACAAGCUGAAUGGACUGUAAACAGUAAUGGAGAUAACAAGGCAGCAUCUGUGGGGUCUGGAGACACAAUCCAGUUAAAAGUAGAGGAUGAGGUAGAGAGCCAGAAGUCAGAUGGAAAUUCACAAGAGGCGGCUGAGGCUAGCUGGAAUGAGAACCAGGAUGAGUGGGAGAGGCAGUCUGCAUCUCCCCAGCCAAGUGAGAAUGCUCAGGAAGACUCUGCUCAUUCCUCCUCCUCACAGGAGGAAGAACCCAACUCUGCGGGGGAAUUGGCUAGAAAUGGGGAGUGUGCCAGCCCAACAGACGAACACAAGGGCCCAUGGAGGACUAACAUGCAUCGGCUCCUAGAGCUUGAGGAACAGUGGGAUAGUAUGUAUCACCGAGAGCUUGGCAUGUGGGAGGAGGAAAGGGCUCAGCAAAGGGAGCAGCGAGCCCAAGACCGGGAGCUCCAACAACAGCUACUGAGUGUUCUCACGGAUAUUCGUGAUGAGCUUCGAUAUAUCAGGGAGGAGAGAGUUGCUGCUCGGCAAAACCAAGCUUCUAAUGGCUCGCCUCUAGUGGUGAGCCCACCCCCACCAUCCAGACCUGUAACCCCUGCUGAAAGCCUGGAGCCCAGCUCGGAGCCCCACUCUGAAACUCCAGCCCAAAAAACUCUUGUGUUAGCACCACUUGGCUCUUCCACACCUGGAACAUUAAAACGUACAAGAGGUCGACCUCGUCUCUUAAAACCUACAUCCCUACCUGACAAUGAGAGCUGA